GGAGCUGUGAAUGAGAAGGGAGCUGUGUGCGGAGAUGCGGCAGGCACGCUAGGCCCGAGCACCGUGCCCCAGUGCGUUCCGCCAGAUCCUCAGGAACAAGCUGCCACUCCUCACCCCCUUGUGAAGUGGGACUCUCAUCCUCGGAAAGGAGCUUUCGUGUCCCGAUCGGGGGGAGCAGACUGCAGCACCAGCACUGGUUAGAGGUUGGCUGGCAUGGGUAAUCUCAUUAAGGUGCUAACCAGAGACAUAGACCACAAUGCAGCCCAUUUUUUCUUGGAUUUUGAAAGUACCUUGUCAUGGGGAACCUUCUUAAAGUUUUGACUUGCACAGACCUUGAGCAGGGGCCAAAUUUUUUCCUUGAUUUUGAAAAUGCUCAGCCCUCCGAAUCGGAGAAGGAAGUGUAUAAUCAGGUGAAUGUAGUAUUAAAGGACGCAGAAGGGAUCCUAGAUCAUUUACAGUCCUACCGAGGGGCCGGCCACGAAAUCCGAGAGGCCAUACAGCAUGCUACUGAUGAAAAGCUGCAGGAGAAGGCUUGGGCGGCCGUGGUUCCGCUCGUAGGGAAACUCAAGAAAUUCUAUGAAUUCUCUCAGAGGCUGGAGGCGGCAUUGCGGGGUCUCCUGGGGGCUCUGACCAGCACUCCCUACUCCCCGACACAGCACCUGGAGCGAGAGCAGGCUCUUGCCAAACAGUUUGCAGAAAUUCUCCAUUUUACUCUGCGCUUCGAUGAGCUCAAGAUGACAAACCCUGCGAUACAGAAUGAUUUCAGUUACUACAGGAGAACCCUGAGUCGUAUGCGGAUUAACAACGUGCCAGCAGAGGGAGAAAACGAAGUCAAUAACGAACUGGCCAACAGAAUGUCUUUAUUCUACGCAGAAGCCACGCCCAUGCUUAAAACCUUGAGCGAUGCCACCACCAAGUUUGUGUCUGAGAACAAGAAUUUACCAAUAGAAAACACCACUGAUUGUUUAAGUACCAUGGCCAGUGUGUGCCGGGUAAUGCUGGAGACGCCAGAGUACAGAAGCCGAUUUACAAACGAAGAGACGGUAUCGUUCUGUCUGAGAGUCAUGGUGGGCGUCAUCAUCCUGUACGACCAUGUGCACCCAGUGGGCGCUUUCGCCAAAACGUCAAAGAUUGAUAUGAAGGGAUGCAUUAAAGUUCUGAAAGAACAGCCUCCCAACAGUGUAGAAGGUCUUUUAAAUGCUCUCAGGUACACAACGAAACAUUUGAAUGAUGAGACUACCUCGAAGCAAAUCAAGACGAUGCUGCAAUAACGGUGCCGCAGGAUUUGCACCCCCCGUGGUUAGAAGACAGUAUUCUGCAAUGACUGAGAUGCACAGGAUUUUAGUGAUUGCAAUUACUUUCUCCCCGCUGCUCCUUUUAUUUACCCCCUGCCCCCCCCUCCCCUCGGCUCAACCCGUUGCCCUUCCUGCUCCCUCCUUUUUAAACUGUAAUUCUUGUUCUUAAAUAAGCUCCAUCUUUUUUUUUUUUUUUUUGUGCCAAAAUCAGUGAAAACGGAAAACGAUAAAUCCUGGGAGGCAGUUGUACGUGUCAGAAUGGCGUUUCAGUGGCAGCUAUUUAAGCAUUGCGUUAGGUUUCCUCUGUACGGAGGAGGGCUCUGUGACUUGAACUAAAUAUUUUUUUUAAAGAAUUUCAUUUUUUUUCUUUUUAAAUUUUAUUUUGUUUUUUUUGGGUUAAAAAACUAAUAUUUAAUAUUGCUUACAGUGCAUGGCGGAAUUGCCUAUUUCUGCUAUUUAAAGAAAAAGUAAAAAAAAAAAUCUAUUGCAGCUUUUUUUCCCCCUUGUGCAGAUACGAAGGCUUAUAGCACACGUGGCAUUUUGACCACCACCCCUUUUUAUUCCCAGGCAAAACGCCACCUUUAUAUAAGAUCCGCUUUGAUGGUGAAACAUCCGUUCCCAGAGUUCCUUGCCUUAAAUCCACACUGGUGGGAAUAGCUGGGAAAUGUUGCGGGUUAACGUGGCGGAUCUCUGGAACGUCAUACUGUAUGAUAUCCUAUUUUUUAUUGGUCAAAACCACAGCUACGUAAGAUCCAUUGCAUUGAUUGGGUGGCCUGAGGGUUCCCACAGGUUCUUACCAAAACCGCACACAACUGGGGGGAUUGAUGCUCACAUGAUUCCCAUUGAAGCACUGACAGAUCAUCUCCAGAAAGUCAUGAUGGGAUGCCACAUGGUUUUAUUUGGUCAACCACAAGAGAGACUUGAGAGUUUCUAGAGAUAUUUUGCCUAAAAUCCCUGGUCAAUGGGGAUCAUGUGAUCCCUAUUGAAGCUGGCAUCCUUUUCCUCCUGGUCAAAAACCUCAACCCACUACUGUGUGGAUGGCCGGAGAAUUGCCAGAGAUAAUUGCCAAAUACCACAGACGUGGGUUAAGGUCAGAAUCGAUGUUGACGUGAUUCCCACUGAAACAAUAGGAGGUGAUAUCUAGAAAGACCUUCUGUAUGGUCUAAACCAGAAGUGGGAGGCCUUUAAAGAACGGUGACCUCGGAGAUCCUUGCGUAAAAGCACACAUAUUUCUGGUUUCUGGUGAGAACUAACGUUGAUGCGAUCUCCAGAAAGUCAUGGCCUCUAAAAAUGGUAACACGAGAGCUCCCAGAGACCCUGUUUUUUAGUGAGAAUUAACAUUAACAUGAUCCCCAUUGUAUCCCUAGGACAGCAGAUCUCAACCUGUGGGUCGGGACCCAUUUGGGGGUCGCCUAAGACCAUAGGAAAACACAUAUUUCCGACGAUCUUAGGAACCGAGACACCACUCCUCCUAUGGUUGGGGGCCGCCACAACAUGAGGAACUGUAUUCUUAGGAAGGUUGAGAACCACUGCCCUAGGAGAAGAUCUAAAAUAAGUCCAUGAUGCUUAUUCAAAACUACAAGCCUUUAACCAUGAUGACUUGAGUUCCCAGAAGUCCUGGUUUUUGGUGAGAAUUCAUGUGAGCACAAUCCCCACUGAAGUGCUAUGAGGAGAUCUCCAAAAACCCAUGACCGAUGAAGCCACAUUUUUUUUUUCUUGGUCAAAGCCAAAAGUGGGGAGGCCUUUAAAAAUGGCACCAUGUGAUUUCCCAGAGAUCCUAAAACCACACAUAUACCUGGUUUCUGGUUAGGGUUGAUGUUGAGGUGAUCUUCAUUUUAGCACUGGAAGGCAGUCUCCGGCCAGUCAUGGCAGACAGCGACCCUUUUUUUCUUGGUCAAAAUGGUCUAAAAACCAGAGAUCUACAGUCCCCAGCGAAAUGCUGGAAGGUGGUCUCCAGAUAGGGAACUCCAUUGAGUACCUAGAACAGUGGUUCUCAACCUUAAUAAUGCUGCAACAUUUUAAUACAGUUCCUCAUGUUGUGGUGACCCCUCAACCAUAAAAUUAUUCCUAAGACCAUUGGAAAUAUGUGUUUUCUAAUGGUCUUAGGCGACCCCAGUGAAAGGGACGUUUCGCCCCCAAAGGGGGUUGAGAACCACUGACCUAGAAGGAGGUCUCUAAAAAGUCAUGACAGACGAUGCCGCAUGUUUUUAUUUGGUCAAAACCACAAGUAGGAAGCCUCGAAUAAUGGUGGCCCCAGAGAUCCUUGCCUCAAAGCACAUACAUCCCAGGUUUCUGUUGAGUCAGUGUUGGUGCGGUCCCCAUUGAAGCACUGGAAGGCAAGCUCUAGAACCUCAAGGCACCACAAAGCCACACUGAUGUUUGUUUUACCUGGUCAAACCCCCACCUGGGCUAUCAGCCUAUGGCAACAAGCAGAUAUGUUUCAAUUAACUGUGUUGUAUACAUGCAAAAAACAAAAUGGUACCCAGCACAAUGAUUUUCAUGGAUUCCUUAGUAAUGGAAAAGAGUUUUCUGGUUGCAUUUGGACUCAUUUUUGUAAGGAUGUCUGUUGUAUGUUUUAAUCUUUGAUGACUAACAUUAAAUCAUGUGAUGUGUGCGUAACGAUUACGUAUGCAUGUUUAUGUCCAAUGGAUGGCUGUAAACAAAUGGAAAAAAAAAUAAAUAAAAAUCAGCUUUCAUUUUUCUAA